AUGAGCAUCGCGACGCGUGGCGAGGGCUUUGAGCUCAUGAGCGGCCAGCCGAUGCACGGCGCCCCUGGUCGUCGCGGCUCCCGGCUCUCGAUCCGCUUUUCCGCUCUCGAGCCGGCCAGUGCCCUCUUUGCAAGUAAGAUCAUCCAGAAACCCCUACCGCCUAUACCCACCGAAUGGGGCACCGCCUUGGAGGCGGGUACGUCCGAAGAGGAGGACCGCGUAACCGCACUUGAGAAGCUCGAGGGCCGGCACCCGAGCAGCCAUGCACGCCGUCAGUCGGCCGUCCGCCCAUUGAUCCCAUCGUGGUUGGGGCUGGGUGACACGCCGCCCUCGUCGCAUGAGACGCUGCGGCCCACGCAUGCCGACAACUUGAGCACAGUGCACGAGGCUGAGGAGGCUUCCACGUCGCAGCCACGGCCUGAGGAGGCCCCGACGCCCCAGCCGGAUGGCGACACGUCUGACUCGCGCGUCCUGUUGCGUCCACUUCGCCUCAGCUCCCUGGCGCAGCCACGUGUCCCUUCAACACGCGCGUCACCUGCCACCAAGGCGGCACGACGCAUGUCAAGCAUCACCUACAAGCCAGACUCUUCGAUCGGAUCGCCCUCGAUCUCGCACAACUGGGACACGCCCCUGGAACAGCACCGUGUGUCGCACUCUCGUGGCACGCAGUCGGGCGUGACAUCAUGGACGGCGUCCGACCCUGCGCACAGCCUUUUUAGUCCCGACUCGAACCUGUCAGGCUCGCCCGGGGCGACCAGCGUUGAUUCGCUCGACCAGGUCGGCCCCAAGUCUGGACACCGCGUCGCUGAGUCGCGUGAUGGCGCACUCGCACACAGCGCCGAGCAUCAGCAGCUCUCGGAGCUGCGCGAGCGGCAUCAGAUUGAGGUCACAGCCUUGCAGCGUGAGCUGGAAGAGGUGCGCGACAUGAUGGGCACGCAGCUUACGUCUGUCACUGCGGCACGCGACCAGGCAACUGGGCGCGUGGCUGCGCUCGAGCAGCAGCUCCAGGAUCUCCAGGGAGAAUUGGAGGACACGCGUGGUGAGCGCGACAUGUACCAUGAGGACGUCGAUGACUGGCGCAAGCGAUGCAGCAACCUGGAGCAGACGAUCCAGGGACAACAGCUGCGCAUGAAGCAGGAGCAGUCAUGGCGCCAAGUUGCCGUGAAGCGCAUGCAAGCCAUGUCGAAUCGUCUCCGUAUGGACACCGAGUCGGAAACCAGCAGUCAGUCGUCGUUUGUCUCGAACGCCUCUCUUCUGGAGCCUUUGCCCGAGCUGCCCGAGCUCCCCUCAGAUGAGGAGACGAGUGGCUGGUCGUAUCGCAUUGCCCGUCAGCUCUCGAAGCAUGCAGCAACGUCGGACAAUGCGCCCGACCUCCCGCCUGAGACCGUUCAGCUGCUUACCGAUAUGCGCGAGCAGAUCUUAGCACUGUACUCGUCUCUCAAACUGGAGGAGUCCAACCACGAGCUGACGCGUGCUCAGCUGCGCGAGCAACAGGCGGCUAAUGCCGUGGCUUCCAAACCCGCAACGCCUGAGCCGCUUUUGCCCGUGCAGCUAGAAGGGCAAGCGACGCCCCGUCGCCCGCUCAACAAGCGCGCUGCAGUGACACUGGAACUGGGUGCGCCCCUGGAUGUGCCGACGCCCACGCCCAACGAGGAUCCCAGCACGGUCUCGUCGCGCGAUCUCGAGACGACCGCCGAUAUUCUUUUCCCGCAGGCGGGAGACAAUAUGGCAGGCAUGCCGCUAGUUGGUCUUGGCUUUGGCUCGACACCUAUGGCGGAGUCCAUGUCGCACAAUGUUUUGCAUGCACGAACUUGGACGGAGGAGAGCCUCGGACUUGCAAACCGUCCGCGCCGCCAGAGUGCACCGGACACGCCGCGUGAGACCGUGCAGCGUGAGUCGGGUGCGUUUGCGUGCCUGCCGGAGCAAAGCGUGCCGUUGCAGUAUUGCAGUACCGCCGAGGCAGCAUGGCCUGAUACGGAUGCAAGCUUUUCGAUGGAAGAAGGCCUCGUGCACCAUGGCUUACAGCCAUCAGUCGAUCUCGAGAGCGGGACUCAAGACCAUUCUUGGGUGACCGAGUCAUACGAGGGUGCGUCAAUGGCUGAGAGCGACUCGGCGGAAGGCCAAGCCUCGAGCGAUCCUGCUGAGCAUACGGGGGACAGUGCGUGGGUGAGUGACGACGACUCGGACGAAAAGCCGCAAGUUGCGUCGUCGCCCGCUACUCCGCGCCCCGAGUUCAUACCGGAAUGGAGCUUCGAGCAGGCGACAUUUGAGGCAGCGCGCGACGUGCAGAUCUACGAGCUGGCCGGCAAGCAUGCACAAUGCCGCUAUUCGCGUCGCGGUGCGCGCCGCUUGCGCAAGGCACCGGUCGAGGACUUUUUCGGCAUACUCAACGUGCAGAAAGAACUGGCGCCGCCGCUUCCGGUGCCUGACUACUCGCUAGAGAUGCCCCCUAUUGACACGAGCAGCAUGGAUCACAGCGAGCCGAUGGUGCGUUCAUCGUCGCUUCGCUCGAGCGACAGCGGACACUCGGCCGUUGGCCGUGCGAUGCUGCACGACGAAGAAUGGGAUGCGAAUGUAUAUUCGCCGCCGAUGCUCCAGCAGGUGUCGACAGAGAAUCCUGCCUCGGAAGACCUGUUUCAGCGGCCCUACACACCAGAGAACGACGCCUCGAACGUGUUGAAGCAGUGGAUUACACCGUGGGCUCCCGAGGUGUCUUCAGAGGAGGCGAAUUCUUCGAUCCCUGAUAUUCUAUCAUACGACGCGUCCGAGCCUCCGCCCCAAACGCCUACGCCCGAUCAGUCGACGAACUCGAAUCUGUUGGCGCCCUCGAUUCCUGCGCCCGGUACGCCGAUUCCACGCAGCCCCGGCGAUGAGCCAGUGUCGCCCCGACCGGGCCGUUUCCGCUACGUCAAGCGCAACCCGCUGACACGAAUUCCCAUUCCCACGCCGAUCUGGGACUUGAACUUUACGUCAACGACGGCUGUGCCCCAUGCGCCGCCGACGUUUACCAUUUGA